CAUCUGCCCCGAUGUUUUGAAACCUCGAGAUCCCAAUGACGGUCUAUACUUGAACGUGGUGGUCAUCAACCUGAGCCUGACUACGAACCUACCGGGGAUAACGUCGGCGGCUCACUCUAAACGAUGCGGUUCCCAGGGCGGAGGAUUGCUUCAGCUGAAAGCGGAGAUACAGGAACAGGCAGAAGCUCUUGCAACCCGAAUGGCAUCCCCUAAAAUCAUGAGGAUCCUGACUCAUUCACUUCCGCAGUUUACAACACAAUCGCUGGAUAUCUUGACUGGCAAGACAAUGAUACUAGACGAUGAUAUGGGGUGGGACGAGGAUGGCAAGACUGUUGAGGACGACUCGGAGCCAGAAUCUGAGCUUCUAGAUGAUGAAUUUUCUAACUUUUUAGAUGAAUAA